AUGUCCUUAUGGUGUUUGCGCCGGUGCUUGCCGUUGUCGAGUCAGCUUCUAUGCAAUCCUAGUUGUACGCUUAGUUCGUCAACUAUUCUCAAGAAUUAUAAAAUUGUUUCAAAGGCAGCUGAAGGUGACUCCAUAUCUGAAGGUGUUGAUACGCUUGCACGCAAGCUAUUGCUGACUGAGAUCGUAAAAGGUUUUGGUAUUACCCUUGGCUACAUCUUGAAGGAGCCGGCGACUAUUAAUUAUCCUUUUGAAAAAGGUCCUCUUAGUCCCCGAUUUCGUGGUGAACAUGCACUUCGCCGUUAUGCCAGUGGUGAGGAGCGUUGCAUUGCGUGCAAGCUGUGUGAAGCCAUUUGCCCCGCUCAGGCGAUAACUAUUGAAGCCGAACCUAGGGAAGACGGUAGUCGACGUACGACCCGCUACGACAUAGAUAUGACCAAGUGUAUCUACUGCGGCUUCUGUCAAGAAGCGUGUCCUGUCGACGCCAUCGUUGAGGUACGAUCCAAUUUUGAUGUGCGGGAGGUGGGUCCUAAUUUUGAGUUUUCGACGGAAACUCACGAGGAGCUCCUAUACAACAAGGAGAAACUUCUAGAAAACGGAGAUCGGUGGGAGGUGGAAAUCGCCGCGAAUAUCAACGCGGACUAUCUCUAUCGCUGA